AUGUAUAUCAAACCGAGUGUCAUACCGCAGGGCUGGCAGAAGGCCUGGGAGGAACAGAUUUAUUGGUCGGUGCGUCUGGAUAAUCAGAAGCCCACUUACUACAAGAAACGGGAUAACUGGGAGGCUUGGGAAGCCGACAAGACCAUUUCGAGGGCGACAUGA